GUCUCACUUCACGCACCCGCACACGACACCAUGGCUGUCAACGAGGUCCUGGACCACAACACUGAGGGCCUGGGGCAGAUCAACCCCAAGGUCGCCCCAUUGACUGAAACCGAAAACACCUUCAACACCCCCAACGACGGCCAGGACUUUGGGGAUGAGAAGGAGUACGACCUCACCCACACCAAGGAGCUCGACGAGGAGGGCAACGCCGCCUUCCUCAGCGACCCCUUCUCCCCCUUCGACGACCUACCAGCGGAGCCCAAGCGAAUUAUUACCAUCCGCGCUGUCUUCGUCGGCCUCUGCUGCGGUGCCCUCGUCAACGCUUCCAACGUCUAUCUCGGUCUCAAGACGGGCUGGACGUUCAGCGCCAAUCUCUUCGGCGCCAUUGCUGGUUUCGCCGUCGUCAAGUUCUUCGCCAGGACCUUCGGCGAGCUCCCCAUUCUCGGUGGGAGCUUCGGCCCCCGUGAGAACAACAUCGUCCAGACCGCCGCCAUGGCGUCUGGUGGUCUUUCCAGCGUCUUCGUGUCAGCUUUCCCCGCCCUCUACCAACUGAACCUCCUGGACACCCCCAAGGCCGACUUCUGGAAGAUCGUCUCCCUGACCGCUGUCUCGGGCUACUUUGGCUUCUUCUUUGCCACGCCCCUGCGUAAAUUCUUCAUCAUCUAUGUGGCCCGCGAGCUCCGUCUCAUCUUCCCCACCCCCUCGGCCACUGCCAUGACUAUCCGUAGCAUGCAUCAAGCCGUGACUGGAGAAGCUAUGGCCAAGAUGAAGAUGAAGGCCCUGUCUGGUGCAUUUGCUGGCGCCCUGAUCCUCCGUGUCGUCUCCCAAUACGCCAUUGGCAUUCUCUGGGACUGGCAUAUCUUCACCUGGUUCUUCAUCUGGGGAAACUACAACAACGCCGCCAUCAACGUUGAGAACUGGGGCUGGCUCAUCGAGUUCACGCCCGCCUUCAUUGGCUCUGGCAUGCUCGUCGGUCUUAACGUGUCUAUCUCUUUCUUCAUGGGCAGCGUUCUUGCCUGGGGUAUCAUCGGCCCCGCCCUCGUCCACAAUGGCAUUUGCUGGGGAUCGCCCUUGGUGCCCGACGACCCCAAAUGGGACGGAGCCAUCCAAUUCUUCUCUUUGAGCUUGAAGUUCUCCAACAAGGACAACCCCAGCCCUCGCUACUGGAUGCUGUGGCCUGGUGUCCUUCUCAUGAUUGCUGUUUCCUUCACUGAACUCCUAAUGCAAUGGAAGAUCAUCUGGUAUGCCUUCCGCGCCGUGUACCGCGGCCUCUGCAACGGCAUCUAUGCCAUCGGCAAGGCCGCGAAGAAGGAUCUCGCGUGGUUUAACAAGGGCGAUCAGCACGAAGACGAUAUGGUUGAGGACUCUGCUGCGCCUGAAGACCUUGUAAAGAUGUGGAUGUGGAUGCCCGGUCUUAUUCUCUCCAUCAUCUGCAUCUGCGUCGUUCUCGGCGUUGAAUUCCACAUGCCCGUCGGCAUGUCGCUGCUCUCCGUCUUCCUGGCCUUCUUCUUCUCCUUCUUGGCCAUCCAGUGCACUGGUGUGACUGACGUCACUCCGCUCACCGCCGCUUCCAAGGCCUCUCAGAUCAUCCUCGGUGGUGCGACAAAGGGCGAGCACUGGAACCAGACGCACGCGCAGCGUCUGAACCUCCUCGGUGGUGCCAUUGCCUCCAUGGGCGCUAACCAGUCUACCGACUUGGUCUGCGAUUUCCGAACUGGUUUCCUCCUCCGAACACCGCCGAACCAGCAGUGGCUUGCCCAGGGAGUCGGCACCAUCGUCGCCAUCUUCCUGGCGCCAGCCAUGUUCCAGCUCUUCACCACCGCGUACCCCUGCAUCAUCGACAUCAAUGCCGAGACCUGCCCCUUCUCCGCUCCCUCGGUUUCCGCCUGGCGUGCCGUCGCCGUUGCUGUGACGGACCCGACCUUCCCCAUUCCCAAGACUUCUGGCAUCUUCUCGAUUGUCUUUGCCGUUUUCGGCUGCGUCAUGGUACUCAUCCGCCAUUACGUCUGGGUCGGCAAGCUCGAGUGGGUCAAGACCUACCACCCCAACAUGAUGUGCAUUGGUCUUGCGUUUGUGCUUCCCCAGACCGUUUACGGUACCGCCAUGGUGAUGGGUAGCACAUGGGCGUACAUCUGGGCCAAGAGGAACCCAAGCGGAUUCGAUGUCUACGGAUACGCGGUUGCGGCUGGUCUGAUCGCUGGUGAGGGUAUUGGUGGCGUCAUCAACGCCAUUUUCCAGGUGGCGGGUAUCUCGGGUGACAAGUACGGUACCCAGAUUGCGUGCCCUGGCGACUCAUGCUAGACGUUCUUUUCUCCUUGAAAGGAUGGUCGGAGAGUAGAGGUGGCGGAUGUUUGAUACCACGGACAUUAAUUAUGCUGAGAUGAGGUCAGAUAUACCAUUUGAUGAAUCAAUCGACUCCAAUUUACGAUUAUCGUUGUUUGCUCUCUGCUUUUGUGAUAUUUUGACUGCCUUUGUU